AUGGAGGCCGCAUUGGAUUCUCCGCUGGAAGCUCUCGCCUUCAAUUACCUGAGCUACGCCUUCCUCACCGCCGUCAACAACAUUUGGGCGUGGCUCACCGUCGUCACCGCCGCCGUCAGCUUCUGGCGAAUUAGGGUUUUAUCGACUCCGAUCGCCGCCGUCGCCGUGCCGGAGCGGGUGGAGGAGAUUGCGGCGGCGGAGGAGGCUGCUCCGGCUAGAUCAGCGCCGUGUGUGGUGGCGGAGGGGCAAGGGAUCACGAAGAUGAAAUUCAGCUUGUAUUACGCGGAGGAGGUGGAUUUUGGGGGCGAUGACGAUGACGGCGGCGAGAGUGAGGAGUGCGGCGGGGGGGGCGGCGGAGUUUGGGGGAGAUUGGGAAGGGGUGAUUGCGAUGAGAAUGGGGGAUAUGGGGUGGUACAGGUGGCAGGAUAG